GACGAAGGGAGAUGGCAUUGUAAACGCCAGAACGGGGUUCUGCCUACCCCGAGACCGCUGCUGUUCGGAGACGUGCAGGUGAAUGCCCCAUCACCAUGUCUGACCAGGAAGCAAAAUCUUCAACUGAGGAUUUGGGGGAUAAGAUAAAAGAUGAAGAUAUUAAACUCAGGGUUAUUGGACAGGAUAGCAGUGAGAUUCACUUCAAAGUGAAAAUGACAACACCUCUCAAGAAACUCAAGGAAUCGUACUGUCAGAGACAGGGCGUUCCAGUGAAUUCCCUCAGGUUUCUCUUUGAAGGUCAGAGAAUUGCUGAUAAUCAUACUCCAGAAGAACUGGGAAUGGAGGAAGAAGCUGUGAUUGAAGUUUAUCAGGAACAAACCGGGGGUCAUUCAACAGUUUAG